AUGGCCGACCGAUACUCGCACCGCCACGUCAAGCCGGCGCCAGACCCGGCAACACUGCGGCAGUUCAGCGUGCCGCCCUUCUCGACCCGCGAGCUGCUCGCCGCCAUCCCGACGCACUGCAGCGACAUCUCGACGCUGCGCUCGCUCAGCUACGUCGCGCGCGACUUUGCCAUGUGCGGCGCAGCGUACGUGGUGCUGCACAAGCUCUCGCCGCAGCUCGAGGGCUACGCGCUACUGGCCCUCCGUCUGGCGUACGUCGCGUUCCAAGGGCUCGUCUUCACCGGCAUCUGGACGCUGGCGCACGAGGGCGGGCACCGCUCGCUCUCCAAGACGCGCUGGGUCAACGACGCGGUGGGCUUUGUCUGCCACACCAGCCUGCUCGUGCCGUACUUUCCCUGGCGCAUCAUCCAUGCGCGGCACCACGCCGCGACGGGCCAUGCCACGCGCGACGAGAACUUUGUGCCCCGCUCGCGCGAGGAGAAGGGCCUCAAGCCGCUGCGGCCGGUGGGCGAGGCGGACGCCGCUGACCUGCCGGGCGCGCCGUCCUUUGGCGAGUGGCUGGCCGAGACGAUGGAGGAUGCGCCACUCGCCAACUUUGUCACAAUCGCCAUCAUGGAGCUGCUCGGGAUGCCGCUCUACCUCUGGCUCAACUUCGGCGGGCAGCGCCACUAUCCGUUCGGCUCGGGCCAUUUCCUGCCCUCGGCGCCGUUCUUUACGCCAGCGCAGCGCAGCCAGGUGCUGCUCUCGGAUGCCGGUCUUGUUGUGGUCAUCGGCGCGCUGAUCGCGUGGACGCGGGCGACGAGCGUGGCAACAGUGUGGUGGGCGUACGGCUUCCCGUACCUCGUCUGCAACUUCAACAUCGUCCUGAUGACGUUCCUCCAGCACACGGACCCGUUCCUGCCGCACUACUCGGACCGGGAGUGGACGUGGUCGCGCGGCGCGCUGUGCACCAUCGACCGCAGCUUCUUUGGCUGGGUGGGCCCGUUCUUCACGCACUCCCUCUGCGAGACGCACGUGGUGCACCACAUCAGCUCGCGCAUCCCGCACUACCGCGCGCACGAGGCGACGGCGGCGCUGCGCGCGUUCCUCGGCGAGCACUACCAGGCGUCGCCGGAGAACAUGCUGCUCUCGCUGUGGAAGAACAAUCUGCACUGCAAGACGGUCGACCCGCGCGAGGAUGUCAUGGUGCGCCGGACGGACGUGUGCGUGAGGGUGCCCGCUUGCUGACGCUGCUGCAGUUCUACCGCGACGCCCACGGGCACGCCAAGGCCGUGCUGGCGCCGCGCGAGGCGGCCAGCUCGGC